AGUCAGCAAGAGACGCUGGGGAGAGAAUCCGGACUGCGAGCCCGGCGGCUGCCGCAGCGGAGGAGGGCGGCUCGGAGACGGUACUCCAACUGUUGAAUUGAAUUUUUCACCUUCCAUUUCCUCCGCGUCUUGGCUGGCGGAGAUGGAUUUAUUCGGUUUGAAACCUGCACGUCUUUCUCAGGCUUUGGGGUGAUCCUGACAGGCACCGCACUAGACUGAAAGAGACCACUCGUGACAGAAAAAAAAAAAAAAGGAGGAAUUAAAAAAACAAACCCUCCACAACAGACUGCACAAUUAGCUAUGCACACCGAUGCUGGACUUUGUGAACAGAGACCGUUGGGAGGAAAAUCUUGAACUAUGAUCCUGGGCUAAGCUGUGAAUCAUUACUGGAAACGUGCCCCCACCCCUAAGACUGAGAGAUUUGGGGGCAUCUCACGCCUAACCAAGUGGAAAGGUUUUUUAAAAACAAAUAAAUAUUCGUAAGCAAAGCAGACGCCUUGUUUUGCAGAGCCUCGGACUCCGGCCGAAAGAGGUAGAGUAAAAGUGUUCCUGGAUUCAGCUUUGCCUUUCUCCCCCCACGCUUUUUCUCGUUUUCUUCCCCCACCCCCCGACGUGAAUCCGGCUUUUUUGUUGUUGUUGUUUGUUUGUUUUUUUGUUUUUGUUUUUCCUAUUGAGUGAGUCAGAGAAAGCCUUAAGAAGAAGCCUCAACUAAGGACUGCGAAGGGAGGACCAUGAGGGGAGAGUGAAUACGAUUCGUUCCGCUGCUUCUGACUCAUCCCGCAGAUGAGAACACCUGCAUUUCUGGAUGUGUCAUUCCCGUAUACCGAGGCGCUGGGAGAAGCGGAAAUAAUGUGUAGAUCAACCCGUGCCUAACCUCCCCUCGGAGGUGGAGGAGGUAGUUUUCCCGGGUGGGCGCCCUGGCAGAACCGCGGUGGCUGCAGCUCCUCACCCUCUCUGCCUUUCCCAAGUCGAUCAGAGAACGUGUGUGAGCCAGACUGCAGAAUGCAUCACGCCAAGCCUUGAUGUAUUCCGUUGACCCUACUCCUCCAAUUUAAAAUAAUAAUAAUAAUAAUAAUAAUAAUAAUAAUAAUAAUAAUGGGAAAAAAGCCUACACUGUAUUCUCUUCAAAUAUUCACCACUCUUGUUCCUCGCCAAGGUUUUCCUUUCUAGAUGAAAAGGAGGCUGGGCCACUGGAAGGAGGUGCUGAAUAGAAAGAAAAGAGAGCCACUUGACAGCCCAGCCCUGUGAAUGCAGAGACUGUUUCCCUUCUAGUGAGAGACAGGGCAGAGUGUGUGUGUGUGUGUGUGUGUGUGUGUGUGUGUGUGUGUGUGCUAGGACUGGGAGGGUAGCUCCCUCCUCCUUUCUAGUCUGCCCUCCCCCCCCCUCCCCCCCCCCCCCCAAAUCUGCACGUCUAACCAUGAGUUGCCUGUUGAUUUCCUUUCGCCUGGCAAGAAAAGCAAACUGGAAUUAAACUGCAGGGAGACAAGUCUUUGCUUGCUGGAAGAGGAUGGGAUGGUAGUGGCGGCUCCCGGAUUGGCAUAGAGACACACCAGAGUGUUCUACGAACAGAGGCGGAGAUAUAUCUCUAUAUUUUCUCCUCCCAAUAGGCUCUCGGCGCAAAUGCUGAUCAGGCUGUGGCUUUUUUGAUUUUGGGGGAGAACCCUCUCCGAGGAAGAGAGGGAGGAGCUUGGUAGGGGGAGGAAACUACAAAUCGGGACACUUUUUUUUUUCUUCUGCAUUUCCUCCCCUCCCUCUGGCUGCUCGGAAAGAAGAGAGAAAAAGAAGAGGGAGAGAGAGAAAGAAAAAAAAAAAAAAGACUUGGCUCGGAGAUGCAGUCCGCUGCCGCCGCCGCCUAAGCCAGCAAGGCAAGAUUAGAUCUUUAAAUGCAGCAAUACACUGCCUGAAAGCCGAGCAUCCUGCAUAGCGAGCAGACAUUUCGCCGUGUGCCAGGGCAGCCUCAAAUAUACAUAUGUAUCUGUGACUCUUUCUUCGUCCCUACUCAUUCCCAUCAAUCGCAUCACCGAAUACGAGUAACUAAAGGAUUCCACUUUCUGAUCUGCCUGGAGACACACCUCCCGAAGCCCUCCCCCACCGGAUUUGAAGAGUAUUCUGUAGGCUGCCAGAGGGAGUGGAUUUUGCAGCGCCUAGCGGGAGUGAGGAAAACCCAGCAAUUCUUCAGCUCAUUAUCAUCUCUUCCAGACUCCGAUUUCCUUUUUAUCGCCAGCCUCAUCACGCAAGUUUGAACCUCCCUAAGUCCAGGCGGGAGAGACAAAGCCUUUAGCUUGCCUUCAGCCGCAGGGAGUCGCCGCCUGGCUCCGAGCUGCUGCAGCUUCGCUGCGCGGCUGCAUCUCUCCCAGUGCGAAUGCUGUAGAUCAACAGGUUCGGGCAACUUGAGCGGAAUAAGGAGAGACUGCCUGGUGCCGCAGCCCGGGUGCGGAGGGAAGGAAAGACUCGCAGACUUGUGGCUCGCUCCGAGCUCGUACGCUCCGCCCCGGUUCCAGACUGGCGCGCACCCACCAGCUAGCACCUCCAGUCCGGCUGCUCCUGUUCCCACCCCACCGGUCUGGGAUGUACCUUUCCAUCUGUUGCUGCUUCCUUUUGUGGGCCCCUGCCCUGACACUCAAAAACCUCAAUUACUCAGUGCCAGAGGAGCAAGGGGCCGGCACGGUGAUUGGCAACAUCGGCAAGGAUGCCCGACUGCAGCCCGGGCUUCCGCCGCCUGAGCGCGGCAGCGGCAGCGGGAGGAGCAAGUCUGGCAGCUACCGGGUGCUGGAGAACUCCGCACCGCAUCUGCUGGACGUGGACGCCGACAGUGGGCUCCUCUACACCAAACAGCGCAUCGACCGUGAGUCCUUAUGCCGCCACAAUGCCAAGUGCCAGCUCUCCCUAGAGGUGUUCGCUAACGACAAGGAGAUUUGCAUGAUCAAGGUAGAGAUCCAGGACAUCAACGACAACGCUCCCUCUUUCCCCUCGGAUCAGAUAGAAAUGGACAUCUCAGAGAACGCAGCACCCGGCACCCGCUUCCCCCUCACGAGCGCACACGACCCAGACGCUGGCGAGAACGGGCUCCGCACCUAUCUGCUCACCCGCGAUGAUCAUGGCCUCUUUGCCCUGGACGUCAAGUCCCGCGGCGACGGCACCAAGUUCCCAGAGCUGGUCAUCCAAAAGGCACUGGACCGCGAGCUGCAGAACCACCACACUCUGGUGCUGACCGCCCUAGAUGGCGGGGAGCCUCCACGCUCCGCCACAGUACAGAUCAAUGUGAAGGUGAUCGAUUCCAAUGACAACAGUCCAGUCUUCGAGGCUCCAUCAUACUUGGUUGAACUGCCCGAGAACGCUCCACUAGGUACCGUGGUCAUUGAUUUGAACGCCACUGAUGCUGAUGAAGGUCCCAACGGAGAAGUCCUCUACUCCUUCAGCAGCUAUGUGCCCGACCGCGUGCGGGAGCUCUUCUCCAUCGAUCCUAAAACUGGCCUGAUCCGCGUUAAGGGCAACCUGGACUAUGAAGAGAACGGCAUGUUGGAGAUCGACGUGCAGGCCAGAGACCUAGGACCUAACCCAAUCCCAGCCCACUGCAAGGUCACAGUCAAGCUUAUCGACCGCAACGAUAACGCGCCGUCCAUUGGUUUCGUCUCCGUGCGCCAGGGGGCGCUGAGUGAGGCCGCCCCGCCUGGCACAGUCAUCGCCCUAGUUCGGGUCACUGACCGGGACUCAGGCAAGAAUGGGCAGCUUCAGUGUCGGGUUCUAGGUGGAGGAGGGACUGGAGGUGGCCUGGGGGGUCCCGGUUCCGUCCCCUUCAAGCUUGAAGAGAACUAUGACAACUUCUACACCGUGGUGACUGACCGUCCACUGGACCGGGAGACACAAGAUGAGUACAAUGUGACCAUUGUGGCCCGGGACGGGGGCUCCCCUCCACUUAACUCCACCAAGUCCUUCGCUGUCAAGAUUCUGGAUGAGAAUGACAAUCCGCCUCGGUUCACCAAAGGACUUUACGUGCUCCAAGUACAUGAGAACAACAUUCCAGGAGAAUACCUCGGGUCAGUGCUAGCCCAGGAUCCCGACCUGGGCCAAAAUGGGACAGUGUCAUAUUCCAUUCUUCCUUCACACAUCGGUGACGUGUCUAUUUACACCUAUGUGUCCGUGAACCCCACUAACGGGGCCAUAUAUGCCCUACGCUCCUUUAACUAUGAACAAACGAAGGCUUUUGAAUUCAAAGUACUGGCUAAGGACUCAGGGGCACCAGCGCACUUGGAGAGCAACGCCACGGUGAGGGUGACGGUGUUAGACGUGAACGACAACGCUCCAGUGAUUGUGCUUCCCACUCUACAGAAUGACACAGCUGAGCUGCAGGUCCCGCGCAAUGCUGGCCUGGGGUACCUGGUAAGCACCGUGCGCGCCCUGGACAGCGACUUUGGAGAGAGCGGGCGCCUCACCUAUGAGAUCGUGGAUGGCAACGAUGACCACCUGUUUGAGAUUGAUCCGUCCAGCGGCGAGAUCCGCACGCUGCACCCCUUCUGGGAGGAUGUGACCCCAGUGGUGGAGCUUGUGGUGAAGGUGACCGAUCAUGGCAAGCCCACCCUUUCCGCUGUGGCCAAACUUAUCAUCCGCUCAGUGAGCGGCUCCCUGCCUGAAGGGGUACCGCGAGUGAACGGGGAGCAGCACCACUGGGACAUGUCCCUGCCUCUCAUAGUGACACUGAGCACGAUUUCUAUCAUCCUCCUAGCGGCCAUGAUCACCAUCGCUGUCAAGUGUAAACGGGAAAACAAGGAGAUUCGCACUUACAACUGCCGCAUCGCCGAGUACAGCCACCCUCAGCUAGGCGGGGGGAAGGGCAAGAAGAAGAAAAUCAACAAAAACGAUAUCAUGCUGGUGCAGAGCGAGGUGGAGGAGAGGAACGCCAUGAACGUCAUGAACGUGGUGAGCAGUCCCUCCCUGGCCACCUCCCCUAUGUACUUCGACUACCAAACCCGCCUGCCCCUCAGCUCGCCCCGGUCAGAGGUGAUGUAUCUUAAGCCAGCCUCCAACAACCUGACUGUCCCACAGGGGCACGCAGGCUGCCACACCAGCUUCACCGGACAAGGGACUAAUUCGAGCGAGACCCCUGCCACUCGGAUGUCCAUAAUUCAGACAGACAAUUUUCCCGCAGAGCCCAAUUACAUGGGCAGCAGGCAGCAGUUUGUUCAAAGUAGCUCCACGUUUAAGGACCCAGAAAGAGCCAGCCUGAGAGACAGUGGGCACGGGGACAGCGAUCAGGCGGACAGUGACCAAGACACUAACAAAGGCUCCUGCUGUGACAUGUCGGUUAGGGAGGCACUCAAGAUGAAAACUACUUCAACUAAAAGUCAGCCACUCGAACAAGCAUUCCCGACUUUGCUUUCCUUUGCUAUCCUCACCCUACACACCAUCACUACUAGACUUCAGUCUGUUGAUCCGCUUCCUCCAGAACCAGAAGAGUGCAUUAAUUGCACAGAUGAAUGCCGAGUGCUUGGUCAUUCUGAUAGGUGUUGGAUGCCACAGUUCCCUGCAGCCAAUCAGGCUGAAAAUGCAGAUUACCGCACAAAUCUCUUUGUACCCACAGUUGAAGCUAAUGUUGAGACUGAGACUUACGAAACUGUGAAUCCCACUGGGAAAAAGACUUUUUGUACAUUUGGAAAAGACAAGCGAGAGCACACGAUUCUCAUUGCCAAUGUGAAACCUUAUUUAAAAGCCAAACGUGCCCUGAGCCCUCUCCUCCAAGAGGUCCCCUCAGCAUCUAGCAGCCCAACCAAGGCAUGCAUUGAGCCUUGCGCCUCAACAAAAGGCUCCCUGGAUGGCUGUGAAGCAAAACCCGGGCCCUUAGCAGAAGCAAGCAGCUCCUACCUGCCCACUGACAGUCAGUACCCUUCACCCAGUAAGCAGCCAAGAGACCCUUCCUUCAUGGCUUCUGAUCAGAUGGCAAGGGUCUUCGCGGAUGUGCAUUCCAGAGCCAGUAGGGAUUCCAGCGAGAUGGGAGCUGUGUUGGAGCAGCUGGAGCAACCCACCAGAGAUCUGGGCCGAGAAUCGGUGGAUGCCGAAGAAGUUGUGAGAGAGAUUGAUAAGCUCUUGCAGGACUGCCGGGGAAAUGACCCUGUGGCUGUGAGAAAGUGAGGGGGAAAAGGCAUUGGUGUUUUCUUGUCUCUUCUGUUGAUUUGAAAAUGAUCACUUCCGGUGAAAACCCACUUUACAGGGAUGGCAAAGGACCAGUGCUGCUUUAAGGCUUUUAGUGAACAUCUGAAGUGCCCACAAGUAUGUUCUUUUCACUGCUGUUUCUUUUACAGAAAUAACAAUGGUUUUGACCAAACUUAUAUUAGGACAGAAUUAAUGAUGCUUAAAGAGAAAGGAGAAAAGAGAGAGAGAAGAAAUUGGAAAGACACAAAAAGGAGGAUGAGACAAGUUACCUUUUGACAAUCUGUUAGGAAGGUAUGCAGUGUGAGACUUAACGUAUUUCUGAUCACUCUAAGACUGUCCUCCCACGAGAUUGAUGCUGACUUAACUGUUUACCUAUAAACCCAUACAAAGCAGGGUCAUAUUUGUUAUCUGUGGUGGACUACUAGCUGACAUCACAGGCUUCUACUGAAAGUCCCGAAAAGACCUUGCAGUAGUCCAAGCUACACCAAACAUUAACACAUAUUUGUGGUAAACAUUUCUGUAUAAAGUACCUGCCAAGCAUAGAAACACAAAGACCAUUCCAUACCAUUAGUCAGAAAGCAAAAGAAAAAAAAUAUGUAAUAAUAACAAAACAGAAAAAAAAAGAUAAAACUACAAAAACCCUUGGUCAUUUGUAAGACACCUCAUGUCAUAUAAAAGUUCAAUGUAAAAAGAUAUAGUCUGUGUUGUCCUGAACACAUGUAGACCUAUUCACUUCAUUAAAGAAGAAAAUUUUGAAAAUUUAAAAAUGUCUAUUUAGCAUUUUAGUGUCCAACAAAGAUAUAAGUAAUGGUGAGUUUAUUUUACAUUUGAACAGUUCUGAAUUAUGGGUUAUCACUGAGUAGUAAUACUGAGAGAAAAUUAACAUAACUAAAAUGUUUUACUCAGUUUUUGGACACUAAAAUAGCUCAGGAACGUGAAAAAAAAAAGACUUAGACAUAACAAAUCACAUGACCAUUUAAAUGUGCAGAUGUAAGAAGAUUCAAUGUGUUUACAUCAAAUGACAUAUUUUUAUUGAUUUAUUGCAGAUUCCGUGCAUAUGAGCCAAAUUGUUGAGUGUAUAAGAGCUAUAUUGUGUAUUUUAUUAAAUUAAUAUAUAGUUGUGUUGCAAAACUCUUUGGGCUUAUAUUGUAAAUGGCGAGUGUUGCCUCGGUAGCUGUCGAACUCUAUGAGUUUUGUUUUUCCUGCUUCCUUUUCCCCAUGGAGCGUGGGGAGCAGGGCCUCAGAGCAAAGUCUCUCAUUUAAUGUAUAGUCUACCAAGUAUACAGUACACAAUUCUGUUCCAAGUGUGCUUGAGUGAGCCGAUGAAGCUAACUGAAAGAUCAGAAAAAUACAUCUGUCAGUCAUAGUUCUGUGCAAGUCCUUGUAGAAAGCUUUGAUUAAAGUCAUGCUAAAUCACAAGAAGGUUCCCCCUUGCUCUCCAUACCGUGAAGCUUCUGCCUAUGUAGAUAUCAUAACAUUGGUUGGCUCUCAAAGUAUCUUCAGUGGUUCUGGUGUGUGUACACAUCAUAUUCGUAAGUGUACGAAAUGUUCUAAUGCAUGUGUAGUGCCAGUGCUGGUUACAUGCAUUGUGUGCUGUGUCACAAGAGGUUUGGGUCUUAAACAAAAUGUGUUUUUUAACUUUAUCUCUGUGCUCUUCUGCCUGUUUUUAUUUGUGUUCUUUGAGAAUAAUACCUAUUAUUCCACCAUUGGUUUCACCUUUUCCUGUGGCAUUUAGCAAGUUUCCAACCUACUUCCUUACGAGGCUAAGAAAACUCUAAUUUCAGGAAUUGGGAAAAAUAAAAUUAGCACUCACAGAAGUAGUAGCAGAUGGGGAAAUGCCUUGAUUGACAUUUCCCUUCAGCAUUUAAUUUUUUUUUCGGCAUUUAACAGCUUCAUGGCAAACAGUUUGAGCCCAUACCUUGGAAAAUGUGGUGCUGAGUUAAAUAAAGGCUGUUUAUGCUCUGGAGCAGGAAAAAAAUUUAUUAUUUGCAAACUGGGAGGGAUUUCUGUGCCUUCUUUUCUGGCCACCAAGCCAGUAUAGAAACAGUAUAUAUGUCAAAAAUAAUAAUAACCUUAUACUAAAAACAAACAGAAAAGCAAAACAAACUUUGAACUAAAUUAAAUUCUUUAAUUAAUAAUAAUAAAAAAUCUGCUGGAAAUCUUUCCAUCAUUUCAGGAAAGUUUUAGAUUGUACGUUUUAGAUUGGAUGAUCCCCCUCUGCCUUAUUCUCUUGAGAACUGCAUUGGGGUCUUGGUAAGAGCCUCUCUACAUCUCUACUCCUGCCUUUUGUUAUCCAUCCAUGUUUAAAUUAGAAAAGAGGGGAUCUUUUACAUGUGAAAUCCAACUGACCCUAUAUUUUGGACCAUUCAUGUCUGUACAAUGUGUGUCUCUGUUCUAUGAUGUUACUUUUACCAGGAGACUACAAAUUGAUUUAGCUGGAUAGUUAGUUGAAAGUUGCUGAAAAUCUGUUUCUGUAGUCAUCUUGAGCUUUGCCUCUCUCUCACUAUUCAGAUAACCACUUUAGUGACAUCUCAAGCAGUGUGCAAGGAAACGCAACGCAAACAAUAGGUUUAUUUUUCGAAACUUCUUAGUUCCAAGUAACCAGCUGUUCAAUGUAUUGUUAAGUGUCAGAAACAUUGAAACGCCAUACAAGUCUCAGAAUUGGUUGUGCCAACACGUGAUGGAUUGAGUCUAAGCUGUCACCAGUGGUCUGCUAGUAUUAGCUGUUUAAUACAUUAUCUGUACUUAAUAGUGAUUAUUUAUUUACAAGUUGGUGGUAGUUCAAGUCAGGACUCUGAGCUUUUAUAGUUGAGGGAAUCUUGUUUUUAUUCAUCUCCCUGGGACCUGCCUUUAACUCAGAACACUGGUGCUUGGCUUCCAAGGAAGCCUUUGUGAUGCCAAAAUCAUACCUUUGUGGAAACAAUGGCUGUAAUGGAUGGUACAUAAUUGGGGGGAGUUGAGGGGGUUUCUGGGAUUUAGAAUGCUUUACACACACACACACACACACACACACACUGAAAAAAAAAGGUAUUUAAGCAGAGGAAAACUGUCCAUUUAGGGAAAUUUUAGUAAAAGACACAAAAUGAAAAAAGAAAUGCAUAGUGGUGAACUAAAGACAAAACAUCAGUAAUGAAAUCUUUUCCCCAUUUGUUAAUGAGGAAUAUGCUUUCAUUAAAAUUCAACAUAGUACGAAUCACUGUUAUGCUAUAUCAAAGUAAACACUGAAGAGACAUCUAUAUUCUCAAAGAAGAUUGUCACGUUGUUUCUUUACUAGACAAACUUAUCCUUAUGGCAAACAACACAAAAAACUAGACCUUGUUCCAUUGAUUCACUGAAUUACCGGGAGAGAAAUUGAUUGUUGCUUUCCCGAAAUUACCUAGGCUCUUGUAAAACAUGACUUUCCUUUUAAGGAUGUAGGCACUGCUCAAAUUAAAAAAAAAAAAGGCACCAUAAAAAAUAGUCAUGUAGUAAUGAGCAGUAUGCUUUAUGAGAAUCAGGUUAAAAGGUGUUUGUUGACUAAUGGAGUGGAAUCUGCUGGGGUCAUCAAAUAGACUAAGGCCUGGCAUACUAUAUGCCUACUCAUUAUUGUCUAAUUAUAUUCUUUUGACAAGAGGCAGCAUUUACCAGAGCAUUAAUUCCAUCGGAGUUUUGGCUAUCAAGAUGUGUUGAUUUGAAACAUAAUUGAAUGAGACCUGAUUAAGGUCCCACUCUCCUGGCCCCAGUGUUUUUGCAGGUUAGCUAUGUGCAUUUAUCAGUCCCAUCGUUUCAUAAGGUUCUUCGCUGUACCAAGUGAUUGGUGAACAACGACGACGACAACAACAACAAAAGCAGCAUACAUUGUAUGGAUUUAUCUCAACGCUAUUGUUUAAUGGCUGUGUUUCAUGUGACCUGUCUGGAAAAUGAGGACUCUGAAUAAAAGCUAUUACUAA